ACACUGUUUUGGUGGAGAGUUGUCUCAUUGGCAAUUAUAUUACUUGUGUCCUUAGAAAAAUUCUCUGCAGAUUGAAACUUCAUAUGCCUUCAAUGAUCUUUUAUCAACAUGUACAAAUAUAUUUAUUUUUACUUUUAGGGAUGCCUCAAAAAAAGCAAUACCUGCAGGAGUCUCUUGAUAAACCUAUUGGUGCAGUGAAUUCUAAUAAAUUAAGCAUAUCAAAAGCAGCUACAGAAUAUGGGGUUCCGCGAACAACUAUAUCCGACCAUGUCAAUGGAAAAUACGACAAUCAUUUGAAUGGGCCUUCAAAGAUGCUCACAGACGAGGAAGAGACAUCCUUAAUCAACUAUGUCAAGUAUAUGGCUGAAAGGGGUUUCCCAUUGACAAGAAGGAUGUUAAAGGCAUUUGCUAUUUCAAUCGUGGAAAAAUCAGGCAGGAAAACUCUUUUUAAUAUGGACAAAGGUCCUAGCAACAAAUGGAUCAACAAACUCCUGAACAGACACCCUGAAUUGUCUGAAAAACUUCCUGAACAGCAGGACAAAGCAAGGAGGCGUAUGUCAAAUGUCACCGUCGUGGAUCAAUACUUUAAAUUGCUCAUGGACACAGUUGACAGCUUAGGUUUGACCAAUAAACCAAACCAAAUCUUCAAUUGUGAUGAAUCUGGCUUUAGUGGAAAAGAAAAAAGUAAAGAAAAAGUGUUAACAACGAAAGGGUCCCACAGCUAUCAACAGAAAGUGAUGGUGCAUGGUCACAUCACUGUACAUAUGUGCAUAGCUGGUGAUGGACAUGUCCUUCCGUCUUUUAUUAUUUUUGAUGGUUGCCUGCCUCAUAGGAACUUCAAAGAUGGUGUUCCCGAUAACUGGCUGUAUGGCUCAUCUGAAUCCGGGUAUAUGGAUACUGAGUUGUUCGAGAACUGGUUUGACCAAGUGUUCAUUCCAUUCUGUGGCACUAGAAGACCAGUGCUGUUGAUAUUUGACAAUCAUGACUCACACAUCAGCAUUGACUUGAUAGAAAAGGCCAAGGCAGACAAUAUUCAUAUUAUUGGUUUACCACCACAUACCACACAUCUUCUGCAACCACUUGAUGUUGCCAUCUUUGGACCUUUGAAAGAAAAGGUUAACCAGUUAGCAGUGACCGUAGGGAACCUCAACAAGUCUGCCACCAUAGGCAAAGCCAAGUUUCCUGCUUUAUUAAGGUAUUUACAUAUGCUAUGAUAUGUUUUAACUAUUUUUUUUGGUACAACUGAAUUUUGUAAUUGCACUGGAAAAUUAUCAUUCAACAAUUCAAAUUAAUUUAUGAAAUUUUAUUUUUAUUUGUAGAAAUAAUUAAUAUUUGUAUAAACUUUUCAUUUCAAUGAAUAAUUAAAUAACAGAUUAUAAGGUAAUAUUUUUCAUAAUAUCAAAAUACAAAUUUUGUUUCACUAAGAGUGUUCAACUCAUAAUCAUACUUUAGUUAAUAGCUGUAUCCAAUCAAUAAUUGUCUGUAAGAAAAUAACAUGCAAAUGUAGAAAAUUCAAAUGAAACUAAAUAAAAUGCUCCGCUGGGUGUAGCUUGAUACGACCGCAGAGGUCGAACCCUGAACAGUUGGGGCAAGUAUGGACACAACAUUCAAGCUUGAUACAGCACUGAAUUUGGAUUGUGAUUAAAUAUUUGACACAGCAUAGGUUUCUGACACAGAAUGAAUGUGGUCUAAGAACUUAAAAAAUUUUAAUUUACCUAUUCAAACCAUAUCAUUAUUAUUUGCUUUUAUAUAUAUAAAUCAGAAAUAACCAAUUUAAAAUGGAAAAUUUUAAAGAAAAAAAAAGAAAAC